UAAUGGCUCAUAGUAAAUGCAUGUUAAUUAAAAUGAGCCAGUCUUGAAUUUUUUUUGUUUAUGUUUUAAUACUUUUGCUAUAGCAACAGAAAGUCAAUAUGUCUGACUUCCUUAUUUUUGAUUGGUAUAAAAAGGGCAUUUUAUUCUAUUUUUAAUCUAUUAGUAAAGACAUCUGAAAAUUUCGAAGAAGAAUGUUUCACGCUGCAUUGAGAAGUCAUAAAUCAAUUACUGUCCAGAAAUUGUACUGUUUAGCUGUGUGGAUUGAGAAGGAAACAGAAAUAGAAGAUGUUAUUUCUUUUUGUUGGGUGGAUGAAGCCAAUGAAGUUGUUAGAUAUCCAUCAAAACUUGUUGAUCCACUAAGGGUGAUGAUUGCCAAGUCUACACAGCCAAAUCCUUCAUGGUACUCAUUUAAGCUUGUUAAAGUCAAGCGUAUUAGUAGUUGUUUUGAUGAACUUGUCCAGGUUAUGAAAGCUGGUAUUUCAACUGAAGAUGAUUUGCCUCAAGAUGAUUCAGAAAUCACAGGUUCUAAAAAAAAAAUCUUACCCAACAUUUUUUGUGUGAUUUGUCUGAUGUUAAUGCAAAAAUUCCGCUGAUUUGUGGCAUGGAGCAACAAAAUUAAGAACACGAAGAAGAUGAUGGAAGUCUGCUAGAUUAUCCGGUUUUUGAAUUUAAAAGUGUGCAGAAAAGACCAAUUAAAAUGUCUUCGAUAUUAUUAAACCGAGUGUAAAGGCGAAAGACUUAUCAGUUGUGGAUUUCACUUCUAUACCACAUAUUGCCAGUGAAAAAGUG